AAUCGCAGGCAAUCUCCGCGGACUAUAACGAAAGGUUUUCCAACACUACCAGGACGGGACAGAGUGCUGCUCCUUGUUUGUCCUUCGCGGGGUGCAGUUGUUGUCCAGGACGUCGUCGAACGCAAAGAGCAUGACUCUCGGGCACUUGUGGUGUUUCGUCGGUUUUCUCUGCGGCGUCGGCUCAGUGUCCGGUCAGCGAGCCUCCUGCUACCUGCCCCUGAACAUGGGCCACUGCGUCGAAGUGAGCACCAUGUACUUCUACGACAAGUUCGCGGGGACGUGCCGACCUUUCUCCUACGGAGGAGCCGGGGGCAACGACAACCGCUUCGACAGCUUCGGCGACUGCAUGGACACGUGCCACGACGUGGGCUGACAGCUGCGCUGUGCUGGGAGGCGUCGUAGGUGACGCCCUCUCUGCUGGAGAACCGUACGAAUAAAGCGAUCCACCUUGCGGUUAA